UUUGAGAAAGCAUGUGUGGUUGAAGGUCGAUGAACACUUUGUCAUCAUCACCGAUUCACCGUUAUCACCAACACCACCCAAAUAUUUUGAAAUUUUAUUAUUGAUCUAAUAAAACCUUCCUUCAGCAGUUCUUCCAUAUUCUCUCAUCAACCAACAAACAACAACAACAACAAUGGCAACAACAAUUGUGAACUACUGCUACAUUUCAGCCACAUCCACCACCACUUCAAACACACCCUCCAUCCCUCAGGACCCCCCUCCUCCUCCACCAACCAAAAUCAUACUUCCCAAGAAGAAGCCCAUGAAAUGGUCCACAGGGGUGGCUCCGGGAGACUACGGCGGCCCUCCCACCACCACCAAGCUCCGCAAGUACUGGGGCGGCGAGGGUGAGGACCCUCUCACCUCUGACGACUUCAUCUGGAACAAAGACUUCAUGCCUCGCAUGAAACGUUUGAUUCAGGAACCCUCUGACGCUCAUCUUCAAUCCCCUGCUGUUAAGGAAGAGCCGUCUGGUUUUCUUAGUUUCAACAGAGUUAUGAGCCUUGAUAGUUUGGAAGUUGAUUUGAGCAAAGAGCUGACAUUGCCUUCCAAACCUGUUGUAGAACAGCCAGUUGAAGCAGCUCAGGCUAAUGGCAGCAUGCCACGAAGAUGGAGACCAGCUCCAACACGGCGCGAGCAAGAGAAAUGGGAUAGAGCCACUAAGGCUGCAACUGGAGGAAGUGAUGUGAUGUUUCAGGAAAUAAGGCGACCUCGGGAAGACCCAAAAGUAUUGGCGGCUCAGUCAAGGGAGGAGUAUUUUAAGUUAAAGAAGAAGAUGCAGAUCCUCACUUUAGGAAUAGGCAGUAUUGGUUUACUCUCAACUUAUGUUUCUUAUUCUCCUGAAAUUGCAGCGAGCUAUGGUGCCGGGUUUCUUGGUUCUUUGGUUUAUAUGCGUAUGCUUGGGACCAGUAUCGAUUCUAUGGCAGAUGGAGCCAAAGGGCUUGUCAACUCACUGGAGAUUGGUCCCUUUCAGGGGAGCAAUUGCGCAGCCAAGGCUACUGGUUCCUGUUGUGUUGGUCAUGAUCUAUAAUCGGUGGAAUGGGAUACUUGUUCCAGAGUAUGGAUUCAUGCAUCUAGAAUUGAUACCAAUGCUAGUGGGGUUCUUCACAUACAAGAUUGCCACAUUUAUCCAAGUUAUUGAGGAGGCUUUGACUGUUGAUGGGAAAAAGACUCAAGUCUAAAAUAGCGUACAUCCUGUGCGGGCCAACUUCAUAUAUCUGUCCUUUUGGUGCAACUGACAGAGGCAUGCAUCCGUUUCUUUGUCUUGACCACAUUUACACAAUGUUUUUGCUUCAACACUUCACGUUUCCCCAAAUUGGAACAUGUUUUAGUUGUUAACUUCACCAUCAAGUUUCACUGAUCCAACAGAGUCAAAAUACCUAUUGACUUGGCCUGAUUCUCUGAAGAGAAAUCGUUUAUAUUCUGAGCCAGAUAAAUUGUAAGACAAGUAGUAUUCAGGAAAUUCACAAAAUUUAGGUGAAUUUUCAUAAAGCGACAACUGAAUGCCUCUGUUUGAGUGGUAUGCCCUGUAUGAGUUUGAAUUUGGCAGUCUAGUUGGAGAAAUUUACCAAGUUAUUUUUUCUUU